AUGUUCGAUGCUUCUGUGUAUCCAAAAUCAAUUUAUAUAUCAACUGUUCAAACCGGAUGUAUAACGAUAGAAUUUAAUUCAACCUAUCCAUUUUAUUUGAUUGGUAUUAUUAACCGAGAUGAAUAUCGAGAAUCAAUUCAACAAAUUAAUCGUGCAAUGUCCUUUAAGAAAAUGUUACUGAUUGUCUCCAUUAUUUUUUCUUUGACUUUAGUCAUUGGAAUGACAUUAACUAUUCUUGGUGCUGGAUUACAAGAGAAUACCAGUACGACUCAAUUUCCUACAUUAACUGGUGUGGGAAUUUCUUUGCUUUUUUGUGCAUCAAGUGGUGGUCUUGUUGGAUUUUCUUUCAUACGAUAUCGACUUACAAGACAAAUCCAAGAAGCAGUUGCCAAGGAAUCAAUGAAAUAUUCAUCACGAACACCGAUACCAUGUACAUGGAGAUUAGAAACGAAAACACAUUGGUGUGGAACAUAUGAGAAUGGUCAGUAUCAACGAUUAGUUUAUCGUAUAGUAAUUGAUAUUGGAAAUUCACCUGAUACUUCUGGAAAUUUACCACCUUAUUCAGAUCAAAUUAUAACGGAAACAACAUCACUUAUCAAACGAGAAAAUGACUUACCUCCACCAUAUUCCAGUUUAUCUACAGAAUUUCAUGUUUAA